AUGUCCUUUGCUGAUAGAGAAGAUCCUUCUACCUUGGUUUUGUUUGACGUCGAUGGUACUUUGACACCAGCCAGAUUGUCGGUUUCCGAUGAAAUGUUGAAAACUUUGGCUGAAUUGAGAAAAAAAGUUGUCAUUGGAUUCGUUGGUGGUUCUGAUUUAGCAAAACAAGUUGAACAAUUGGGUCCAAAUGUGUUGGAGAAUUUUGAUUACUGUUUUAGUGAAAACGGAUUGACUGCCUACAAGUUGGGUAAAAAAAUGGCUUCGCAAUCGUUUAUUGGUUGGCUCGGUGAAGAAAAAUACAACAAGCUUGUCAAAUUCGUUUUGAGAUACUUGUCUGAUAUUGAUAUUCCAGUGAGAACCGGUACUUUUAUUGAGUUCAGAAACGGUAUGGUUAACAUUUCCCCAGUUGGUAGAAAUGCAUCAACCCAACAAAGAAACGAUUUCGAGGCUUACGAUAAAACUCACCACGUUAGAGAAAAAUUGGUUGAUGCUUUGAGAGAAGAGUUUAAAGAUUACGGUUUGACUUACUCUAUCGGUGGUCAAAUUUCAUUUGAUGUUUUUCCAACUGGAUGGGACAAGACUUAUUGCUUACAACACGUCGAGGGUGAGCAUUUCAAGACAAUCCAUUUUUUUGGUGACAAAACCUACAAAGGCGGUAAUGAUUACGAGAUCUACAAUGAUUCUAGAAUCACUGGUCACGCUGUCAACUCUCCAGCGGAUACUAUUAGAAUUUUAGACGAAAUUUUUCACUUAAAUCAAUAA